GUUACGCUCAGCUGUUUCAGUUGUGUCAAAGUCAGUCAAUGUAGCAGUGUGUGCCCCGACCUCUCCUAUAUUUUCUCGUGUCAGCUGUUUAUCUUAGUCGCGGAGGUCAUGUCUUGCUGCAAUAUUUAAGAUGCUGGUGACAUCCCUUCGUCAGAUGAUGCAGAGAUGACACAUAGGAAACUGGAUGUGAGAUCUUCAUUGGCAGGAAUGGCAUAUGACCGGCUAGGGGAGGACACAGGUGCCGAGGGCGUCAAGCUUCCAUACCACCAGCAGGUUCUCAAGCUGGGGAGUGAAGAGGAACUGACGCUGUUUGGUUACUGCCGUGCUUCCUGCAAGACUUUUGCCUUCUACCUCGUCACACUUAUUACUUUAGGUAUUCCCUUCCUUAUUGUUUAUUGGAAGCCAGAAUGGGGCGUCUACAUGAAGAGACGGAGGUGCUCACUUAUGGAAGCCGAUACACUAAUCAUUAAGGACAUGGAUGGACAAAUUUACGUUUCAUCAGUGAAUUCGGAAACAGUGGAGGCUGGCUUCCCCUCCAAAUAUGUUAUUUCUUCACACCUCACAAAUGGGGCUUCCAAUGGGGUCCACAAUGGAGCUUCAGAUUCCACACAUCUCACACAGCCGAGGCACAGAAUUAUAAGAUAUUUUAUCUUUCAACAUAUCAAGUACAUUUGGAUACCAGGCAAACUCCACUUUGAGAGACUCUAUGGCUGUGAUAGUAACACACUGAUAAGCUCACUACUUAAUGACUUCAGGGGAUAUACUGUUCAGGAGCAAAUGCUAAGGCAGCAGCUAUACGGUCGUAAUGCCAUCAGCGUUGAGGUCAAAUCAUACUUCUACCUUCUAGUAACAGAAGUCCUGAACCCUUUCUACAUCUUCCAAAUUGCCUCCAUUGCCCUGUGGUCCUUUGACAAUUACAUCCUCUAUGCUACGUGCAUUUUCCUUGUUUCAUGCCUUUCUGUUGCGGUUUCGCUUUAUGAGACUCGCAAGCAAAGUCAGUCACUGCAUGAUAUGGUUGAGGCGUCAAAUACCAAUACUGCAACAGUGCUAAGAUCUACAGCAGAGAAAACCACAGUUGAAGUAGAAGUCAACACAACAGACUUGGUUCCUGGUGAUGUGUUGGUCAUUCCUGGAACAGGUUUUGCUUACUUGGCGCAGAUUGUGGUUGGCAUUGGUGAUCAUGGAAUUAAUGUUCGGACCAGCAGUGUACAAGGUGGCAUCAUCAGCAUACAAAGUGGGAGUGGAACAUUUACUAUAUGA